GGGAAGGUAUCCUCCCUCUCUCCGUGCUCCUCCUCCUCGCGGUGGGCCUUCAAGAGCGCGGACAGACCGUCCUCUGUCCCGUUUGAUACCAUUCAGACCGCGCUGCAAUUCUUCUUCGCCAUCAGUCUAAACAAACCAUCCCAUAAUAGGCUCGUGCAGUGCAGCUCACCCCCACCGGGAGGGCUGCCGCUAUGAGUCUAGUGUAGUGUUACCCAACCUCGAGCGGGGCUGAAAGCUGCCUAGACGGACGUCGAGGGGGUGGGACGGGAUAAAAGCUGCCUCUGAGCAUGUGCAGAAUGUCUCCCCCCCUCUCCCGAAUAAUGCACAGAAAUUAAGGAGAAACGUUGAGGGAGCGUCCUGAAAGAAAAGAAAACGGAUAACUAAUUAGACUCUGGCUGCUCUAAUGAGUGCAAACCCGACUCUUAGUGACAAAAGAAUGUCUUCAGGCUCUCAAACAAAAGAGAAGACUGUGACACACAAAAGAAAGACGCUGUCUGCUUCGCCUGCUUCUCCGGAUUCUGUAAUUAAGCCGCAAUCCAGGCCCAGUGAUAGACUUAAUCCUAAAACAAUUGAUCCAUUUGGUGUUCAGUCAAGAGCUCCUUCUGCCUUUGCUGCCAUUUAUUCUAAAGGGGGAAUUCCUUGCAGGUUGGUUCAUGGUUCAGUAAAACACAAAUUGCAGUGGGAUUGUCAUCCUGAGACACUUCAGUUUGAUCCACUUCUUAUAACUUUAGCAGAGGGGCUAAAAGAGACGCGGCAUCCAUAUACGUUUGUAUCCAGAGAGGGCUUUAAAGAAUUGCUCUUAGUGGAAGAUGCUGCUCAGAAAGCUGUUCCACUGCUACCUCGACUUGUUCCAGUCUUAAAAGUUGCUUUGGCUCAUUCGGAUGGUGAAGUGUUUGAGAGGGGACUGAAUGCUUUGGUGCAGUUGAGUGCUGUUGUUGGACCUGCACUUAAUGAUCAUCUGAAGCAUUUACUUUCAAGUCUUUCAAAGAGACAGAUGAGCAAGAAGUUCAAAGAACAAACUAUGGAUGCUUUGCAAAAGCUGGAACAGUAUGGAGGAAAGGAAAGUCUGACUGUUAUAAAAUCUAAAAUUCCAACUUAUUGUUCAAUUUCCUCCUGAGGAGAAACAAGAACAUGAACCCUCCCCCACCCCACCCCCGCUUCAAACUGUGUUACUUAUUUCCCCAUAGAACACUGUCCUGUAAUCUCUCAGGGGAGACAAGGAAUUAAUGAUUAAGACAUAUGGUAAGAGUGCAUACGUUCAAGGGCAGUUAAUUAUGGAAAACAUAAUGGUAUUAUCUUUGUUGUUCCGGUACUUCUAGCAGAAUUUGCAAAUCAGUUUGUUUUAUUAAAUAAUGGUCUUAUCUGUCUGUUGUAAAAUAUUACCAUAAACAAAACAGGAAUAUUUACUUGCUGGGUACUUUUAUGAUUUUAAUUGUGAUAUGGUUUGUGUAUAUUUGCUGAGUGUGAAGACUUAGGCAUUGAGAGCACAAUCCAGCCAAAAGUAAGCCCUAUAAGGCCUGCUGAUUUCAGCGGGAGAGGGUUAAGCACAUGCUAAAAGAUUUCUCACUAAAUCAGUAGAACCUGCUUAAUUUUGGAUGGGUUGUGCCAUGAUUAAUUAAUUUAAAUAUAGGAACUAAUUCAUUAAAUCACAGAGAAACUUAUUUUUAUACUGUCAAGUCAGAAAUAUUCCUAAGGAUUCUGGAUAGGAAAAUCUAUAAAGUGUGUUUUACUGAAAGCGAGGUCUCUCAUGAAGCAAACAGAAUGCUCCAAUUACUGUACUCCUUAAACAGUGAUACUUUACGUAUUAAAAGAUUAAUUCAGAGAUUCAGCAUUUGCUUCAAGUAUUACACUUUUACAUAAUAAACUUGUUUUAUGACUGCUGACUCCACGUAAGUCUUUUUAAAACAAAGCAAACCAGACAUUCUAUGUUUUCAUUUUAUUAUAAAAUGUGCACAUUUAUUUUUCACAAAUGUACUACAGCAAAUUUCAGGUGUACAUGUAUUGUACUACUCAUAUUCCUACACUGGUGAUAGCAGAGCAGCCUUCAGUGUGCCUCUGUAUUCCACCUCUACACCAGAAUAGAUGCCUGCUUUAUUGUUGCAAAAUCGUUUUGCAGCAUUCUUUGCACUUCUGUCAGCUCUUCAGAUCCUUUGUGCAGAAACGUCACAAUUGAGGUUGGCAUACGUCUUGUAUCAGUCAUAAUGGGCUUCUGGACAGACAAACAUUGAUCAUUGUGACUGUGUUGGGGCACCAUGAAUCCACAUUGGCUAUGAGCUUUUGUGCAUGGAGGACAGGGAGGAAGGGUAAUGGCCAGGCUAGCUUUGCUGCGCCAUCUUGACAGCUAGUAUGUGUACUACUUCACUUGCUGUGGCUAAAGGCUAAUGCCUGCAUCUAAAAGUAUUCCGGCUCCCCAGUGUGAUUUGCUUGUGUAUGGAUAAGCCAUUCUAACCAAUCCCCUACUGCUCCUUAAACUGUCAUACACUUCUUGCAGAGCCAGCUUUUUGCACUCCAUGAGUGGAGCCUUUCCUCUCUGCCCACCAUGCACAAUGUCAAAAGGAAUACAACCAGUUGCAUUCAUUUAAAAAUUUACUAUAAAAAGAAUUUUAUUCUAUAAAAUGAGUUGGUCGUGAAUUUUUUUUUAUUUUAAGUUCUUGCUCAGAAGGUAUGAGCCUUCCCCACCUGGGUGGGCUAUCCAUAUGGCAUAAUACAGCCUUCUCCUCCUCCCACUCCUGAAUGCAUUUGACAAGCACUCAAUGUACUUAUGAAGAACAAGAGGCCAGUGUGUGCCUUAAUCCUGAUGCAGCCCUCCACUCAGUCAAGCAAUGUGUGCUCUAAAACAGGCAGGUUGGAUGAGAGGUGUACACAGACCUCCCAUUGUCUGGAGCUGGCAACUGCAGGGUGAGCACACAGUCUGAGCAACAAGUAGGGGCACGGACACGGGGUGGGGCAGGGUCGCAGGACUCUUGUUAUGCCUUGUGACCAUCCUGCUGCUGCAGGGAAGGGCCAUACCUAAAGUGUAAUUGGCUGUAAUGAGUUUUCAUUUGGGAUGGUGUAAAAUGGUAUUUAUUAAUACAAAAGGGAGCACGAAAUUAAAUUUUACAUUCUGGCAAUCUAUGUAAUAGACACAAGUAAUUGAUCCUCUCCUUUUCCAUCUCUGUUGGACCUCUUCCAUCAAGUUUGGAAUGGCAAUAAUAAAGUUUUCUUAUUGUUUUUCUUUGGAUUGUUUUUCAAAUCCAAUGCGGUUUUAAGAACUACAUGAGCAUGGUUUAAGAGGGCUGUCUUUACCUCAACUAGUGGGAAAAUACAGUCUCGGUAGGAAGGCUUUAAUUAAACAAAGCUUAUUUGCAUUAUACACAUCUCAGUGUUAAGCUGAGCAAUCCUGUUUAUGAUAAAAGUGGCAACGGCUUUAUGGAUUUGUUGCAGCAGAAUUGUUCAUAUUGUCCAUUAAUUGAAGAGAGACGUGCGUGGGGUUAAAUCACAUUUUCAAAGAGCUGCAUGGAAUGCAUUAUAUUUUCAUCCUGUAAGAAAAAAACAUAUCUCAUUAUCUGAGCAAGAGACUUAACAAACAAAUGAAAGUAAAAAUAUUGCUUAACAUUUUUUAUUGCAGACAGUUGGCCUCUCCUUAUGCUGAAAACUGCAGGGUGUUUUUGUUUUGUUUUUUAAAACCAUUAGAAAAUGUUAGGAUAUUUCAGCUUCAUGAGCAGCUGAAAUUCAGGGCCAUAGCUCGGACUCUGGAGAAGCAUCUUAGAUGUGCCCAAAGGCUUGGGUGGUCUCAGCUGGAUUUUUAAAAAAUAUAUCUUUAACAAACAGCUAUGCCCCUGCUAACCCUCCCCCUCAAUUAUCACAACUUGCCUCCCUUAGUUUCAAGAGAGGUUUCCCAUGCAGCACUGGGGUGCUGCUGUUAUUCCCAACCCCUAUGCAGACUGAAGGGGUACAGUCUUGCAACAGCUCAUCUCAAAGGCCUCAUUUAUAAAUGACAUCGAGAAGUCGUUUUUACAUGCCCCAUCACAUUUAAAUGAACUGACAAUGUGUUUUUUGCAUAGAAAGACAUGGAAAAUGCAUUUUAACGGGAGGGAGGGGGUACAUGUGUAUAUGAGGGCAUUGCUGCAAAAGGUUACAUUGCAUUUGAGAAGUAAAUCACUUGUGCCUACUUUAUGUAUAUUAUGGGCCACAAGCAGAGUAUACAGCCAGAUAUUUGCGAUGCUGGUCUUGUCUCUCUUUAUAGCUUGGGAAUAAAUGUGCUCAGCAUGUGAGACAGCAAGAACAGAAGGCCAGAACAAAAUAUCCAUUAGAAUGGUAUUAAUCCGCCAAUGACAUACCAGAACAAAAUGGGUUUUGAUUCAGAGGCCGCCUAGGUGCUUGCAACCUUGAUUCAGAGGCCACAAAUGUUCAGCCCGGUUCUAGUGCUUGCAAAGGAGAAUCUGUUAAGGAUUCCUCUUUACAAGCAUCAGGGGAACCCUAUGGGGUUGGAAAAGGGGUGGGUGGGGCAGGCAGCAGAUUACCUUUCAUGCCACAACAGUGGUGUGGCUCCUUGGUGGUGGCAUGCUAUGGUGACUCAAAUGGCCUCUGUGUAUGUGCAGAGGACACUCUGAUGGCCUCUGUGCUUGCGCGGAAGCCCAAACCAGAUCCCCACCAGCUCACACAUGCAGGGGAGCGCUGGUGGGGCCUAGGGGAGCUGCCAGCCAACCAGUGCUGAGAAGCCAUGAUGUGUAAGGUAAUCUGCUGCCCCUACCCUUUUUUUAACCCAGUAGGAUUCUCCUGAUGCUUGUAAAGGGGAAUCCUUAUCAGAUUCCCCUUUGCAAGCACUAGAACUGGGCUGAAUCAGUUUGACCCAAACUGGGCCCAGUUUGGCUCAAAUUCAGACCCACCCCCCUUUUUGGAGGGCCAGGCCAGUUCAAGCUCGAACCAGGCCAGUUCAGACUGAACCCGGUUUGAGUUUGAACUGGUCCACACACCCCUGCUUUGGAGUGGCCCCUAAUUCAAAUCAGUGCUCCAAACGACCCAUCCCAUUAGUUUCAACCCAAACGGAAGGGGUCACUUCAAUUCAGAAUCAAGACUGCAGCCCUUUCAUUCUUGCUGCUUACCCCAGCAGGGAAAAGGGAAUCCUCACUGCCAGAAGCAAAAUAAAAGGUUAAAAAGGUGAAUGUCUCCUCAGACUCUUGCCCAAUAAGUACCACACAUACACACACGUCAAGAAGUGUUGGCUCUGUUCACCAGACAAUUUUACUCGUUGAGCUAUGUUGGUACAUUACUCAUCAGGAUUUUUUGUUAGGCGUCAUUUUUCACUUGUCACAGACAAGUCGACUAGUUAAUUUCCUGCUACCUAUCAUGCCAAUGGAUGCUCUACAUUUUGGAUGGAUGCUUUUUUCUGUAACAUUGGGUUAAUUGCUUAUCUGAUAUACCCUUUCCUCUCAGAAUAUGGUUUAACAAAUAUGUUAAACCAUAUUUCUUCCAAAUAUGUACAGAUUAGUACUUUAAUCUGUAGAUUAAAACAACAGAUACACUGUUGUUCAAAUGUGCAAAAGAAGGGGGUGGACAGGCAAAUCCACCAAUCCAGCCUUAGCUGGUGUAUAACUCUACUUAUAGCUUUCAUUUCUAAAAGAAAAAACAGUCUCUAGCCCUUUUAUUUAUGGAGACUAAGGAGCAAUGCUGACUGUCAUGAAGAGGAAAAUUACUCAAAGUAGUCCCAUUGAAAUUAAAGGACAAAUUAGUAAUUGCCUAACUCAGGAUUUGACAAAUCCCAGGUGCCAAGCAGUCAUGGUGCCUAGAAGUUUAACUGUGGCACCUAGACUAGGCUAUUCAUAGGUAGAGUUAUUUAAUAAGAUAUUUAUUUGCCCCAGACUGUUCUGUUUCUGUUCCAAGUAGGGAGGUACAAAAUGUUUUGAGCUCAAAACAAGCCAUUUUGAGCUUAAAACAGAAUGACCCACUUUCAAUCAAAAUGUUUCAGGUGUUUCUUGUGCCAUGUUGGCCCUCACGCUAUUGAACGUUCUCCCUUCAGCAGUACUUGAUGGUAAAUUCAAACAACUUCCUUAUGAACAGCGCUGUUGCCCCUGUGGUUCAGGGGAUAUAGAGUGUAUCACCCAUGUUAUUCUUUAUUGCCAAUUGUAUAAGGAUGCUCGCACCAAAUUUAUUGCUCCUAUUUUAGUCAUUUAUCCUGUUCACACAGACCAAUUUUAUUUGGAAAUUAUGCUGACCAAUUUCAAACCUGUAAUGUCAGAUCAUGUGGCAAAGUUCUGUUUCAUGGCGUUGAAGUUCCGUAACGAAUGUAUUAGUAAUUUGAACAGUUUGUGACUUUGUAAACUUUGAAAUUUCUUGAAUUUUCUUAUUAAUGUUAUUAAUUGUUAUUAAUUGUUAAUUUGGUCUGUGACCACAAUAAACUUACUACUACUACUG